AUGCCCACCGCUACGCCCAUUCCUUCCUCUUCCUCCUCCUCUCCUCGCAAACGCACCCCUGCAAGGCACGGCUACUACAGCGAUGCACAAGACACACAGCAACAACAGCAGCAGCAGUCGUCUUCAACGUCUACCCACAUCACAAGCCCCUCUCGAGCUACUAGCAAGGACGAGGCCAGCUACGCCUCGAGCUCUGCAACAGGUCAAGGCGGGGUCGAGGCAGGAGAAGGGGCUGAAGAUGAAGAUGAGGACUGGCUGAUGUCCGACGAGGAAGAUGACGUUUUUGACAGGAACCGAAUCGCAAAUGGUCAAGGAGAUGAAGAUAGAGGCGAAGUCGGGACAGAAGAAUUCAUUGCUGGCCUAGGCCGGGAUAUGGCCAGCAGAGAGUCGGCCAAGGUGCAGAGGACCUUCUAUGACACUGGGUACAGAGAAGGCAUCACCUCUGGCAAGCUCUCGACAUUACAGCAAGGCUUUGACGAAGGCUUCAACCUUUCAGCGCCAGUCGGCCGGACAAGAGGGGAACUCAGAGGGCAAGCUAAUGCAGCGAGCUACUACCUGACCCACUACAAGGCCAGGUCGGGCCUCACCUCCUCUACGCCGGUAGGAUCCGGCGGUAUGAGAAGAUUCAAGGAUCGAGCUGCCAAUCACGGCACCUCAGGCGGUGGAGCUGCAGAUGCAACGGAAGAGGACAAGGAGAAUGCAAAAGAGAUUCUGAGAAGCUUGUACAGCGAGCUGAAUAGUUUGGGCGUAGAAGAGCUACUGGAGCCGGACUGGGACGCCAAGAAACACGAGGAUGAGCAUGCUGGACGAGCGACAGACCCAGCCAGUAUGGUGGAAAGUGAAGAAGUCAAAACUCGGCGGGAGGGAAGGUUACCUGCCAUUAGCAGCAGGUUGGAAAGUGUCCUUGGGACAGUAGUGAGAUGA